CGCGUUCCUUGCAUUCUCGUCGAUCCCAAUUCCGAUUCCGAAUUCUCGAUCCCGAUCAUUCUCCCUCGCCGUCCAUGGCCGAAACCGCCUCCGUCGCAGACACGAGAGCCGGAUCGCAGAGCCCGGCUCCGGUGGGAUUCAGCGGGGUCCCGUCGUUCUCCCUUAAGAUCUGGCCUCCCACGCAGCGGACUCGCGAUGCGGUGAUCCAUCGUCUGGUGGAGACGCUGACCACCCAAUCCGUCCUCUCCAAGCGCUACGGCCUCCUCUCAGAGGAAGAGGGCACUUCUUCGGCCCUCGCCAUCGAGGAGGAGGCCUUCUCUACCGCCAGCUCUGCCGCCGCUGCCAGCAGCGGCGCCGAUGACGACGGAAUCGACGUCCUCCACGUAUACUCCCGGGAGAUCAGCCGAAGGGUGAUAGAGUCUGCGAAGGUAAGGGCCGCUGCCUCUUCCGUCAACCCUCAAAGCUAGGCAUGCCUGUGAGGAAACCUUAGUCCUCUGUACCUGCUUGUCGAUUCUUAUGUUCCCUUGGUUCGUUUGCUUUUCUUACUGUUUACCAAAAAUUCGUGCUUUGGAAUUGCGUGAUUGGAUUGAUAUUUAUGGUCUUCUUAAAUUGUCACUUAUGUGAUGGUGGCUGAAUUUCAAGUGUUGGUUUAUUUUUGUUGGUCCUGUGUUCCAAGUGUAUUCAUCAAAACUUGGAUUUCUGUACUCAUUGUUCACUUGUGGAUUUGCCUCAUGGAUUCCCUCUUUUA